AAACGUAUAUUGCAGUGUUUUGCAUUGUACUUAGGGCACAAAAGGUCAGUCGCAAGUAUUGUAAGUAGCACUAUUUAAACUGGGAAGCCACAUCUACGGACGCUAGCCGCUCCAGAAAAGGUGUGUGUGCGUCGGCGUGUGUUGAGUGAACCAAAAAAAACAGUGCUACAAAAAACAAGAAAAGAAAGAGAAAAGAAGACGGAAGCCGAGAGAACGCGGUAGCAACAAGGAACCGAAAUCAGAUCGAAAUUUGGUUUUGGACAAACCCAAAAAAGGUUUUGUCGGUGUUUAAAGAUUGAUUCGAGAUUGUGUGCGCCGGUUUUCCCAGAUCCCAUAUAGGCAGCAACGAUGAGUUUUUUGCCGGGCGAACCAGUGCCGCCCGGCUUCGAGGAAGACGACUCCUCGUCCCGCCCGGCAAUCAUACAAAAGCAACUUGAUGAUUACACACGCGGUCCAUUAAUUGGCACCGAAUACUGCGUCGAGCUGAUCGAAGAGGGACGCCUGGUGCCCAAUUACUAUUGUGUCCUGUGCAGCAACUACAACGAUGUGCGAACGUUGUUUGUACACUGGACGUCGCUGUCGCAUCGCAACAAGUACUUGCAAACACAUUUCCAAAAGGCCUACGAGGUCCUGCAAAAGAUACAGAAACGCACGCCCAACGGUGGCGGCGAUCUGGUCAUUGCCACCGGCAUUCUUUGCCAAUUGAUUGAAAAACAUUGCGGCCGUGCGCGUCGUAUUGUGUCGGUGCCCAGCUCACAAUUUAGUCAAUAUCGUUCGAAAUUUUGCAGCCAGGUGCGUGACAAGUUCCAUUUCGACGAGUUCUCUGGCCCCGAUUUCGUGGAGGAGGCACGCAAACUGGUGCAGGAUAUGCAGCAGGAGGAGAGCAGCGACAAGAUCGCGCCGAAAGAGAACAACAGCAGCAGCGUCAUUGCCCUUGAUGCCAUCUCGAGUGAUGACGAAAGCUUCGGCCCAAACCAAAAGCGAAGCCCCAUCGACGAACAAUCGCCGAGUGGCCGUGGGGCCAAUCGUUCGCCACCGGCGGCCCGUGAAUUGCCGAAACAACAGCUUCCCACGCCCAAAGAGCUGUCCAUGCAGGCCUCGAUCAUUGCCCAGGAGCGCUACAAAUGGGAGAAAUUUCGCUGCAUGCUCGAGCUGCAGCUGAAGCAGCUGCGCGAUGAGACUGAGACAUACGAAUCGUUUCCGGAGAAGCAUCCCGACUAUCCGGACGAGUGGAAGCAGUUCUGGAAUCGUCGCUACAAGGAGCUGCAGGAGGAGAAGAAGACCGAUCCGAAUAGCUACGACUACAAGCCCGAAUGGAUUAGCUACUGGAAGGACAGACGCGUCGAGCUCUUCAAUAUUGCAGUUGGAAAAAUCAAAAAGGAACUCAAAGAGAAAUUCAAGCUGGCCGACGAAGAUGAGGAGAAGACCAAGGAUCUCAUGGAACGCUACAAGAUACGUGUAUCCAGUCCGCGUGAGGCAUCAGCCGCCCCUUCGUCGGGGCCGCCCCAUGUCCGCCGUAAGCCGAAUUUUCGCAACAAUCGAGGUGGCGGUGCUCCUGAAACUGUCAUCGACAUUAGCGAUGACGAAACACCCAAUCCAUCAUCGCGAAAUCGUGCCCAUUAUAACAGACGAUCUCGCUCGCAUUCACAGUCGCCGAAGCGUGGCUUUGUGGGAGGAGGAAGCCGUCAUCCAGGGCGCAGAUCACGCAGCCGUUCGUCGCGACGCCACUACAGCAGACACAACGGUUCGCGUAGCCCGUAUUCGCGCAGCCCUCAGCGGGGACGUCGCUCUCGUUCUCCGGUCUACUAUCAUCGUCGUCCUAUGGAUCAUAAGGUUUUGUCAUCUAAUCAUGGCCGACCGCGUGAUGGUGGUGGCUACGCGGAACGUCGCAGCGGCGAUCGGGAGCGGGACAGGGAAAGGGAAAGGGAACGCACCAGUGACGCAGAUUUCUAUCGCAGCGGCAGCUUUAGCCGAGGUACGGGUCAUGCGGCGUAUGAGCGCAUGGAGACAUUCCGUGUGAUGGACUCGCGUGUCUAUCCCGAAUAUAGUUUGCCCAAAAAGGCACGCUCCAAAUCGCCGGAUAAGGAUACAGAGCCCCCGGUGGCCGACGAUGGACCCCUCACUGUGGUCAGUGUGCUGCGCAUGCUAUCAGCCGUCGAGGAUCAUUUGGGUAGUCUCGGACCGAAGGCUUUGAGUCUGCUCAGCAAGGCUCUGGCCAUGGAGAUGGUGCGGCCAAAUGCUGCCGAAGAUCUGCUCCUGAACGAAGAUAAUUGUGUGUUCUUGGAGACAACCAAAGAGAAACUGAAGGGCAUCCUCAUAGCCGAAGUGCUGGAUGAUCCGCAAAAAGUGCGCGUUGUGAAAAAGUUGAUCACGAAUAUAGCGGCCAUCAUCUUUCAAGUGAAAGAAAAAGCCAAGAAAGACGGCGGAAAAAGCAAGGCGAAUCCCAUACCGCCAUCGCCCGCCCAGCUCCCAUUCGAUCGGAAUGUUGUCUGCGCGAAGCUGGCCAGCGCAUUGGUCGGCAAGGGCUACUAUGAUAUGAGCAGCGAGGAUAUGGACAGGCUGUUGCAUUUCUAUGCCACGCUGGCAAAGAUCGAGAAGAGCCGUCGGCUGGCGGGCAAGAAAUUUCAUUUCUCCGAAGUCCUCAAUCUUCUGGGACUGACGAAGGACAAGGUUGUGACGGAUCCCAUUGAGAUUGAUAUCGACGAGCUGAUGAAGGAGGUGGAAAGUCAUCUGCACAAGAAGGAGAAGGUGGAAACGGUGGUAGCGUCCAAAUCGGAUCCCACUGGCAUGGAGUCCCUCACCGAUUCCGAUCUGCAGACAUUGCUACAGAACUUCAAGUUCCUCUCCAGUGAGGAACAAGUCCAUCUGAUCGGGCAUCUGCGCAAGCUUGAGGUCCAGGAACCGUUGCGCGUCGAAUGUCUACGCAAGUAUGUGAAUCUGGCGGAGCUCAGCGGCGACGGGGAGUCCUGCAGUGAUUUUCUCUCACGCGUCGCUGGCACCAUCAAUCCCGAAAAUACUUCAUCCGUCUCUGCUGCCGUUGCGGCAACUGUUUCAUCGUCCAAGUCUUCUUUGGCUGCUGCUGCGGUUGCCACGGCUGCUGCUCUGUCCUCGCUGAAUACCCAUCGUCGUAGCUUUGAGCGUGAGAUGCCCGCUAUCCAGGGCGCCAAGCAGCGUCGCGUCGGACGCUCUUCCCCAGAAUUCCUUAUCGACGAUGAUGACGACGACGAUUACAAUUUUGAUGAUUUGGUGAUGAAGGCCUGCGACUCGAAUGGCGGCGGCGGUGCUGGAGGCAGAGGCGGCAGCGGCCUCCCGUCUGUGGUACCGGUUCCAUCUUCGCCGAAUGCUUUGACUUUCAAACCGGCCGCCGCUUCAAAGUUUUCGCUUGACACUGAAUCGAUUAUAGCCAAUCUGAUGGACACGCUCACCAAGCAAGGUGGCGGAGGCGGAAGCAGAGGCAGCGGCAGCGGUGGCAAUGGCGGUCAGCAGGCGCAUCGAGAACGUGAAAAUCCAACUGGUGCUAGUACUCCGGGUAAGUCUUCACGUGCCGCCGCAAAGAAGCUGCAGCAGCAACAAGGAUCCAACAAAAUGGGUGGGCUCAAUCCCAGUCCCAUGAUGCAGCAACAGCAGCCGCAGCAGCAGCAGGCGGGAUAUAACCAGCAGGAUGCCAAUCCGGCAUUCCAUAUGCAGUCGCAUCAUUUUGGUCAGGAUCCGCAGAUGCAUGGUGCCACCACUUAUAGCGGCAGCUACUCCUAUCCCGGCUACUCGAACUACCAGGGACCUGGGCAGGAAAUACCCGGCUAUGGCGGUGUACCACUCAAUCCCUGGGCCAACAAUGGUGUCGUCCCCCAGCCGCCGCCGUACACCAUGCAGCAGCAGCAGCAGCAGCAAAACUACACGGCCGCCCAGCAACAACACCACCAGCAGCCGCCCCAUCCAUCGCAGCAGUACAACAAUAUGUUUGGGCCUCGUCAUUAGUUUAAGUUAACCUUAAGGCGAUUUAAUCUACAUACACACAUACAUACUGCGUACGCAUACACCCAUACACAAGUAUCAGUCUGCCUCUAGCUCAUGCACACCCGGAUAAGUGUGUGCGCAGUUUAGUUGCUAGAGAAGAGGUUCGAAUUAACGGGAUCCAACUGUUGGCGACAUCUCCUCGAUAUCGAUCAUCAGUUUUGCUCCUGCCACGAGAAGGGAAUUUUUUUUUUUUUUGUAAAACGUAACUGUAGGAUGCACGAAAGUGAACAUGCGUCAGCAGAUUAAAUAAAGAGCGAAACAUGUUCAGGGCACUAGUCCGAACGGAACGGAUCGAGAGAUCGUACAGCGGCCACAUUGAAGUCAAAGAAAGGUCAGGUCUUGCCGGCAUCGUUUUUUUUUGGGUUUAGUAGGUAAUAAAAAUAAAAUUUCACAUUGUUUUCGGUAAAACAAAUAAACUGAGAAAUAAUAUGUAAAGGUAUAAACUUUUGUACAAGAAAUUGUUUGUAUCAAGCGCCGAGAUCUUUGCGGUACUGUUACCGGUCACAAGCCUAUUGAUACGUUGCAGAAAAAACAUAUUUUUACAUUUAAAAUGUUAAAAUAAAUGAAUCAGUGAGCAUCUGUCCCGUCCCCUUAUUUGGCAGAGCAAUAAAGAUACAUGUCAUGAUUGGGCGGACCUUUCAAUCUGCACUCCAAAGUGUACAGAAUAUUUUUUUUGUAAUAAAAAAAUCAUUUCAAACAUCCCCCUUUUUAGCAGAACCAAUAAAGUGAGCGAAAAUGUAAAGCGGUAA